UUGUCCCAGCAUGUGGUUCGAUCCAAUAAGUUAAAUCAAGCGCAGGUGAGUAGUCAGGUGUAGGUCAGUAAUUGUCCUGCUCCUUUUGAUGUAGGUUUUUCUUUUUUGUGUUGUCGUCCUCAACCACAACACCGCAUCUGACAUAAACUCAUUAAAGAUGGGGGAGAGAUUGCAGGGUCCCAAAAGUUACGUCUGCUCAUUUCUUGACUGUAAAGCCAAGUUCACCAAGUCGCGGAAGCUCGAGGCCCACCUGUGCAAACACACAGGGUUGAAACCGUUCUCCUGUGAAAGCUGCGAGAAGUGUUUCUGCACCCGCUAUGAGCUCACCAGGCACGAGCUCAACCACAGCGACGAGAAGCGGCACAAGUGUCCGACAGAUGGCUGCUCUGAGGCCUUUGUGCGACAUACCAGCUUGAAAAAGCACAUCGCUCGAGUACACCAGCACAAGGACGGCCGAUACCAAUGUAUGCAUCAGGACUGCCACAGUAGCUUCACCAAGAAGUACCAGCUGAAAGCCCACAUGGGGGAACACCAAGGUCUUCUGCCUUUUUGUUGUCAUAUCGACGGCUGUGCGAGGGAAUUCCCCUCGCUGGGCAAGCUGAAGCACCAUGAAAACAUGCAUAAAGGUUACCCCUGUGAGGAUGAGCUGUGCCCUUUCCUGGGAAAGAUGUGGUCAGAGUACCAGACGCACCGCAAGGAGCACAGAGUUCAGCUGCUGUGCCUGAUGUGUAAGAAGCAGUUCAACAAUGCCUGGUUCCUGCGGCAACAUGAGCUGCACCGCCACACGGGGGUAAAACCGAGUUUCCCGUGCCCAAAACAAGGGUGCUCCAAGACAUUUACGCGCCGUUUCAACCUGGACAGCCACGUGCUGGGGGAGCAUGAGGGAACGAAGCCCUUCAGCUGCGCGUACCCUGGCUGCACCAAAAGCUUCGCCAUGAAGGAAAGUCUGUGGAGGCACGGAGUGGCGCAUGAUCCACUCAAGAAAAAGCUGAAGAAACUGCGCCCCAGGAAGAUUCAGCCCUGGAGUGCAGCACAGGCCAAGCUGCAGGCUGCUGAGACCAACAAGCUUGCUGCUAAGCUGUGCAAAACUCAUUUAGAAGACCCGAAAUCUUGAGGCUGUUUAUAAUUGGAUUUUUUCUUUUUUUUGUUUUUUUGGCUUUUUUUUAUUUGGGUUUGCAAAUGG